GGGGCCGGCGGCGUGUGGAAGGACGUGACGCGGGAGGAUUGAAAGUGGAGAAAGUCGCAGCGGCUGGCCACGCCCGACAUCUUCUUCCUCGAGAUCCUACAUACCCUCAGUCCCAUCCGCUCGAGAUGCCUCCGAAGAAGGCGACUGCUGCCAAGGGCAACGGUGCAUCUGCGAAGAAGGCAGACGCCGUAGCGACAUCCAACGGCUCGCCAAGGACCGCUCCAAGGGCAUCAUCGACGACGCAGCCGUCUCGCACGACGCGUCCGGCUCCCACGCCCAACUCGCCUCGAUUCCUCGUUGCCCUAGCCGCCUUCUUCAUUGCAGUCGCCUCGACGGCCCUGUUCUUCCACUAUCGUCUGCCUGCACCCAUCUCAUCACUCCAGACUGCAGCAUCAGAGGCUGCAGGUCGAGGCGCCCUCUUCUGCGAGGAGAAUGUGCACAAUCUCAUCAACAAGCUGUCCGUCGAGAUUGGGUACCGCAUCGUCGGUACGAGUCAACACGUACGCGCAGAGGAGUGGUUGCUCGAGGAGCUGCGCAAAUUUGAGGGUACACACAAUCUGGGACCAGAGGCUGGCAACGUCGAGGUAGAAGUUUGGCAGCAGAUCGGCAACGGUGCACAUCGAUUCGACUUCUUGGAUUCGACGGUGUACAAAAAGUACUAUGGCAUGUCAAACGUCAUUGUCCGCGUCUCGGAUGGCACUGAGGCGUCCAAAGCCAACAGCGUCCUUGUCAAUGCUCAUCUUGACUCGACGCUCCCUUCGCCUGGGGCCGCCGACGAUGGCGUAGGCGUCGGCAUCAUGAUGGAGCUCGUCCGCAUCUUGACGACGCCCGGCGCCAACAGGAAACCAUUGAGGCAUUCGGCCAUCCUUCUCUUUAACAAUGGCGAGGAAUCCUUCCAAGACGCGUCGCACCUCUACAUUACCUCCAACCACUCCACGGUCCCGUCCGUCAAGUCCGUUGUCAACCUCGAAGCCUGUGGCGUCUCGGGCCCAGAGCUCGUCUUCCAAGCCUCCAAUCCUGAGAUGAUCCGUGCGUACCGUCAUGCACCUCACCCAUUCGCCACGGUACUCGCAAACGACGUCUUCUCUAGCGGUAUCGUGCUCAGCGACACAGACUACCGGCAGUUCAUGGAAUACGGCAAAAUCAAGGGUGGGCUCGAUAUGGCCAUUGUGGGUAACUCGUACCUGUACCAUACGAGGAAGGACAUACCGCAGUACAUCGACCGUGGUGUAGUCCAGCACUUCGGCGAAAACGUUCUGGGAAUCGUAGAAUAUCUCAUCACCGACCCGACGUCGCAGCUGUCCAGUAUCGCCUUCACGCCAAAGUACGAGGCCCCCAUCUACUUCUCCCUGCUGGGCUCGCUCUUCAUUAACUUGCCUGCGAAAAUCUUCAGAGGUCUAUCCAUGGGUAUGUCUGCUUUCACGAAUUUCCAGCUGCAGUCGAGCGUCAAGGCCGACAAGCACUUUGGAGCCCUCAAGGCUACAACGCUCAGCAUCUUGGGCGCAUUUGGAAGCCUCGUUGCCGCCCUUAUCGCGAGCAAUGCUGCAGCUCUCGUCAUGACUCAGGGGCUUCGCAAACCAUUGAGCUGGUUCUCACACGAAUGGCUACCCGUCCCCCUCUAUGCGCCUCCCGCAAUCGCGGCCAUCCUGGCCGUUCAGCUAGGCAUCUCGAAGCUCAUUCAGCGCGAGCACCAGCCGUACCUCGAGAGAGCGUCACUCAACGGUCUCAUCCUCCUUUUCCUCGCCGGUCUCAUCGGUCUCAACGCAUUUGCCAUUGGAUCGGCCUACCUGUGCGCCCUGGGAGCUCUGACCUUGCUCGUCGCCAUCACGAUCAAUGACUUUGCGCUCGUGGGUUGGGGAGAGAUCGAGCUCAAGCGCGUUGCUGUCAACAAGCGCGUGCACCCGGCUACGUACUUCGUGCUAGCCAUCACGCCGGCCGUUGUAGGCACAGAGGGUCUGACUAGCUUCCUUGACCUCUUCGUUCCUCUCAUGGGUCGCACGGGCGACAUCUCGCCGGCGGACCACAUCCUCGCUUCAAUCGUCGCCGCGCUCAGCUUCCUCAGCCUUCCCAUGCUAGUGCCCCUCGCUCACCGCUUCGGACAACCAGCACUGCGCCGCGCGAUCAUGGCGGCCGUCACCACCUCUGUCAUAGCCAUGGCAAUCUAUGCCUCGCCCACCGUGAAGCCCUUCGACGAGAUGCACCCACAGCGCCUCUUCGUCCACCAAGUGCACAACGUCACCUCAGGACAGUGGUGGAUGAACCUCGGAUCGGCAGACCCUUCCCCGCCGAGCAUCUUUGCCGGGCUAGCUGCCGGCCUGCAAGAGCAGUUGGGCAUGCCUGACGGGGUGGCUGAGCUUCAGGAGAUGAACGAGCGCAACCCUGACUUCGAUAUACUGUACCCAGUCUCGGCCUUCAUUACGCCGUACAAAUUCAGGUUGCCCGACCCUGCGGCUGGUUCGAAGGAGGUCACGCGCUGGAACAGCGGCUCCUCCUCCUCAUCAUCAUCAAGCUUCGUUGUACGUGCCGUCGACGAGACUCUCGACCUCACCACCGGCACACGACGUGUCACUCUCCAUGUGGAUCACCCGCGCAUCAUUUGGAGCGUGCUGGCCUUUGAUGGGGAGAUACUCGAGUGGGACCUGCCCGUCACCCCGCCUGCCGGAUACCGUCGUCACCACAUCAAGGAAGUUUCCCGCUUCGGCCAAGACACCUGGAGCGUCUCGCUUCUCUUGAAGUUGCAGCCUGAGCAGCUCGAGGCAGCCAAGGCGAGGGAGGACAAGAGAGAUGGUGUGGUCAGCAUGGCGGAUCACGAGGAGCUAGUCAGGGUUGACCCACAGAAUGAGGCAGACACGGUUGCCUCGCAUCAUUUGCGAGACCAGUCGAGGCUGCGCAUCGAUUAUUCAGGACUUUGGGGAGAGGCAAUGUACCCUCAGGCGGAGAAGUCGGACGAUGUUGAGGUACUGGAGAGCAAAGGAGUUGAGACAUUCAGGAAAAUGGAUGGUUGGCUUCAGCGAGAGCAUCCUGAGGUCGACGCCAUGCUGCUCAACGUCAUCGCGGGGGUGGCGAUCGUGUGAGAGAGACACUCCGAGGGAAGACGACGUCAAGAUGGGCACGCAUGGUUGUGAUUGUGGCUCGUUGAAUCGCACUUCUGUAGAGUAGCAGUAUUGCCUGUUCGAAUGCAGCGUUGAUCUCGAGA